AUGCCAUUGGUUGUUGUGUGUGGGAAACCAUCUUCUGGAAAGAGUACACUUGCUAAGUACUUGUGUAAAUUUACUGUGACAAGGAAAUCUCGGCGAGUUGAAGUUGUAUCCGAUAACAUAAAUGCUUCAUUUACAAGGUCGAUAUACAAAAAUUCUCAAGAGGAACGAGAGCAUCGUGCAGUGUUGAAAUCAGAGGUGCAGCGCUUACUUUCAGAAGAUUGUUUGGUUAUUUGCGAUUCGUUAAAUUACAUCAAAGGUUUCAGAUAUGAGUUGUUUUGUAUAGCGAAAUUGAUGCGAACAACAUACUGUGUUUUGUACUGUGAUGCCAAUGAGAAUAUUUGCCAACGGCUUAACCUAGAGAAAGAAAAAAUUGAAAGAUAUAAAGCAGAUGAUAUAACGGAAUUGGCGAUGCGUUUUGAAGAGCCUGCUACAAAUCGCUGGGAUUAUCCGCUUUUUAAGGUUGAAAUUAGAGCUGGUAGUGAAACUCAUUGGAGAUGUGAUUCGAGUUUCGAACAGUGCUUUUGUUUGCUCAGACUGAGUGAAAAGGAUUUACCUCUGGAAGAUAUAUAUCUCUGGUUAUUCGAGGGUAGAAGUUUAUCCGCUAAUGAAAGUACUGAAAAUGCGUCGCUUAUGCCGGCAGAUUUCCUACAUGUUCUAGACCACGUAACUAAAGAAGUUGUAACUAGUGUUAUGCAGCAACAGCGGACGGCCUUGCCAGGCGAUACCUUCAUUAUACCAAAUUGUAUUUUGGACGACGACAAGAUAUUGUUUACAAGACAGCGAUCUUUUGCCGAACUCUCAGGACUGCGUCGACAAUUCAUCACUUAUAUGAAGAUGCAUCCAUUGAAUGAUAUGUCCAAAUUUGCUUCGUUAUUUAUUAAUUAUCUCAAUGCAAAUCCCUAA